AUGACAGCUGCUCGCGCAGACACGGAAUCGUUGUCAUGGACAGCAUCCCAAAGUAUUUCGCGAUACUCUGGCUCUGUGUUUGCGAGUUCCAUUGUCGACACGCUCCAGUCCGCGACAGACGAGGUGGAGGGACAACUCACCGACCAGGACCGAACCGACGCCGAUGCAAAGCUAAUGUCUCUGGACAAUACGUCGGCUGAAAAGCUCAAGACGAAAACAUUCAUUGAGCUUUGUCGGUCCGUCCGCCGAGCCUGCAACAAAAGGCAUCGCCUCGUUGAUCAGCACCGCUUCUCCUUUUCAAGCCAGGAUGAUGAAUGGGGUCUGUCCUGGAACCAGACGACGGCGAUCCAGCUGGCAUCGUUUGCCCAGCGGUGGGCCAGACUCGAGACCUACCCAUACACCGGCAGCGAGCAGUCCAAAUCGAAUUUAGAUCCGUCGCCCAACAACCCAGAAUUCGCCAAGAUAGGCCCGUCUCAAGCUGGACACCAAGCUUUGGACUGGUACCAAGAGAAAGAACCGACCAUCCGGUCCAUCAAUGCAGCCUUGCCCAUCCAACGGAGUCGCAGCCACUCGCAGGACGGCGCUGGACUUGGACCGUUGCACGGCAGCGCGCUCAAAGAGCGGAUCAAGAACAUUGUGCAAUUAAUGAAGCAGCAAUGCCCCGGUGAAGAGAAUGGUGGCUACAACCAUAUGCUGUAUUAUUUCAUGGAUCGAUGCGCCAUGACCGGACAGAACACGCUGCCGCCGGACCCGGACAGCGGAGGCGUCGGAAGCGAGGACGACCACUGGGACCUACAGGCUAUUGUACACUACCGACUGACCGUCGCCGAGCUCGCCGUGUACGGGAUCGUGGAUGCGCUGCGUCUGCCGCGGCCCAAUGGCGAGACGUGUCUGCAGUGGCACCGGUUCGAAUGGGAACAAGCCAUGAUUCAAGAUCCUCGCAAUACCGUCAGCAAUGUUUGGGAACUCGAAAAGGUCCAACGCCGUCUAUGGGACUACAUGGUAGCCAGGCACGACUUCAAGAAGACAGUGGAGCCCACGCCUGAGCAGGGUCCCAAACUGACGCGCUUUCACAGCUACAUCAUUGCGGCCAUUUUCGAGGCGCAUCUGGACAACGAAGCGGCAGAAAACGAAAUCAUGGACAAAGUCGCCGCGAUCCUGUCCGGGCAUGAAGAGUAUUUCAAACACAUUGCGCAGAACGACAAGCACGUCCAAAAAGUGUGGAAGGAGUUUACGGCCUUGGAAACAGCCAAGCCAAAGAAAAGGCGUUCUAUACUGCGUUAG